UUCAUAACAUUCUGAAGACCGGUCCACCAAUCACAGGGCUCCUUACUGGAAAAACCAGCUGCUGGGGAGUGCCAAGAGUCCCUAGCAACGCCCUGCAGCCUUUGAAAUCCGAGGGGAAAAGACUGUAGUCAGCUCUUAACUGGAGGAGAGCACCUAUGCCCUAGAAAGAGCAGGCUCCCAGGAUGGACACCCCGCCCCCUGAAGAUUCGUUAGAGAAGCAAAAUGAAAAACUGAACAACCAGGAAGAGGAGAUGGAGUUUAAGGAAAUGGACGGUCUGAGAGAAGCCUUGGCGAACCUCCGGGGACUGUCAGAGAAGGAGAGGAGCGAGAAGGCUAUGCUUCGCUCCCGCAUUCAAGAGCAGUCCCAGCUCAUCUGCCUCCUAAAGCGGAGGUCAGAUGAGGCCUUGGAGCGCUGCGAGAUCCUAGAGCUGCUCAAUGCAGAGCUGGAGGAGAAGAGGAUGCAGGAGGCUGAGAAACUCAAGGCCCAGGGUGAGUACACUCGGAAGCUAGAGGAACGCUUUAUGACCCUAGCAGCCAACCACGAGUUGAUGAUCCGCUUCAAGGAUGAACACAAGAGUCAGAACAUCAAGCUGAGGGAGGAUAAUGAGAAGCUGAGGCUAGAGAAUAAGAGCCUGUUCAGCCAGGCUCUGAAGGAUGAGGAGGCCAAAGUAUUGCAGCUCACCAUCCAGUGUGAGGCCCUCACUGGGGAGCUGAGGACGCUGAAGGAGAGGUGUGUUCAAGAUGCCUGCCAAGCACAGGCCCGCGAGAAGGAGCUGCUGGAGCUACAGAGCCAGCAGGCCUGCGCCCGCACCAAGGAGACAGAACAGCUGCGCAGCCAGCUGCAGAGCCUUGAGCAGCAGCACCAGCAGGCUGUGGAGCAGAUGGUGAAGGCAGAGGAGACACACAGCAGCCUGAGCCAGGAGCUGCAGGCCAGGCUACAGACCAUCACUAGAGAGAAAGAGGAGCUGCUGCAGCUGUCCAUGGAAAGGGGUAAAGCGCUUCAGAACAAACAGGCAGAGAUCCGCGUGCUUGAGGAGAAGUUGGAGAUAGCAAAUGAGGCUAGGAGGCAAGCACUGGAGCGGUUUGAGCAAGAGGCAGUGGCUGUGGACAGCAACUUGAGAGUCAGGGAGCUUCAGCACAAAGUAGAUGGUAACCAGAAGGCCUAUGACGAACUCAGGCUGCAGUUUGAAGCCUUCAAAAAGCACAGCCUGGAUCUUUUAAGCAAGGAGAGAGAACUCAACACCAAACUCCGCCAUCUCUUUCCAUAAUGAAGUUCCUGCUUCCUCUGGCCUCCAAUUCAGAAUUCAAAUAUUUGUGUCUUAGCAUUAUGGCAAGAGUAAAGUUGAUAUCCCAUUUAUUAUACUUUAAAGCCCAAAAGACAACUCAAAGAAAAUCUACUUUACUAUGAUAUUGUUGUUUUUAUUGUAAAGCUAUUAUUUUUCAGUUCUGCCACCUAGAAUACACAAGAUAUGCCAGAUUUUCUUCUGUGCGUUAGAAUCUCCCUGAAUUUACUAGUGUUAUCUUCUCCUACCCCAUAACUUACUCAUUCUCAACCUCAGAUAUCUUCAUAUAUGUUAGGAUUUUAAAUUAGCAGCUUCUACGAUUUAAGCCAUUCUAAAUGCAGUCAGAUGUGCCAUCAUGAAAAAUAAUUAGUACAGUUACCCAUUGCAGAUAGUUAGGCUUAUAGUCUCCCAUAGUUGAGAUUGUAGGCAAACAGGAUCAUCAUAAUAGCAUGAAUACUUUGCAGACAAAAAAGGUGUCUGACUUUAUUUUGCACUGGCUUGGAAAAUGAUUGAGAUCUUUAACAAAGUAGGUCAAUUUUAUUCUAUAUGAGCAAUAUGAUUCAAAUAAGUUACAUAAAACAAUUUUUAUUUUUUCUGCAAGCUUAGAUAAUAUUCCCUUUUUUGGUUUUCUCUUUAAAAAGCGGAUUUGUAUGUAUGAUAAUGCAAAUAUCAGUAGCUUAAUUUAAUAUUGCACAAUAUGCUAAUAGACAAUUAGACAAUUUGGGGUAACAAAUCAUAGCAGACAAUAUGAUCUAUUAUAGUAACUCAGAAAUUGUUUUCUGCUUCUAAUAGCAUAUUAUUUGUAAUUAACUUUUUUUAAAAAAAGAAGCUGAAUGUGUAUAUGUAUACUUGGAGCAUUUUUGUAGUUAUACCUACAUUUUGUAAGAAUAGUUGUAGAAACAUGAUAGUUAUAUAUAUAUAUCCAUGUAAAGUUCUUAAAGAAGUUCUCAAAGGUAGUUAUAUUUUAUUUCUGUAUUUAGUUAUUGAUAAACAUUAUGAAUACCUCUCAAAAUAGAUUUUAUUUUUCUUACCCAUUUUGGUGAAGGCUACCAAGUUACAUAAUGAAUUUACUUAAAAAAUAUGUCUUGGUACCUUUUUAAUAAAACCAUUUCCAAGCAAGUGUUACCUUACCUCAGGUAAUUUUUUUACACCCUUUUUUUCACACUUCUAUUAAGAUUAUGUUAUUAAAUACAGAUUUUUCUUGUCAAAACAGAAACCACACUUCCGACUUCAAAGGACUCUUUACUUUCUCCUACAGGUUACCAGGAAUCAGAAUAUAGGAGCUAAGUUAAUCAUGGUUAUCCUUUAUUGAGCCCAUACUAUUUAUCAUUGUGCUGAAGCAAUUUGGAUGAAUUACUUUAUUUAAUCCUUAGGGCUCUUCAAGAAGGAAAGUGUGUUCAUUUCUAUCUUAAGGAAGAGGAAACUGAUUUUGGUAAUUUUGCUUAAGGCCACUUGAUCACUGGAGGAGCUGGGAUUUUGAUGACUACACCACACUGAAAGAUAACUUUUGGUGACUGAGUGCCAGGUGCUAGGGUAGGUACUAAGAAGAAGAAUAAAGAAAGAAGCAUCUUUACUGCUCCAUACAGUCUAGGGGCAAAAAUAAUAAUUACAUAUACUGUGAUGUAUUUUCAUAGGGGAUGUUAGGAGGUCACAGGGGAAAGACAUAGGCAGCAUCUUCCCCUGCCUGGUGGUUAGGGUUGGGUUGGCGGGGAGGACUCCUAGGGGUGAUUAAUUUAUUCAGGUGGAGAAGAGGGAGAAGGGGUUGAGACAGCAUCGUGUAGACAGCAUAGAGGUAUUUUUAAAAUGCCCAGAAUAUUUGGGGGAAUCAUAGCAGUUGGGAAGAGGUGCCGAGAAGCUGUAUACAGAUAAAACUGUAAAGAGUAGGUUGGGGGCCGUAAUAUAGGGGACCUUGAAAGCCAGGCUGGCGGGUUAUAAGAGAGGGAAGGGGCGCGAGAGUAGGGGCAAACACACGAAUGGAAGCCGUGGAGCCAGCCCGCCUCUUCCCACCGAGGCCGGUGCGGCCCCGCGAGGGGCCUGGUGCGCAGGCGUGCCGGCCCCUCCCCACUCUACGGUUCCUCCCUGCCGCAACCUGCAUGGUCGAAUCUCCGCUCGUCUACCCCCAAACUGCAGCCGCAUGGUAGUUCUUGGGGCACAAGUUUUGCGCACAGCCUGCGGGGAGGAGUCCCCUGAGCAGAGGCCGAGCGGUUCUGGAAGCGGGCUGAGGGCCGUUUGGUUUCUUUUUUAGGUGAUUUCCUUCCUGCCAGGCUCCGUUGUAGGGGUUACAGAACAGUCGUUCCCGCCUCACAACCUGGUAAGGAUCCAUCUCUUCACGUAACGCUCAUGCUCUGCUGCUUAGUCUACUUUAAUGGGCAACAUCUCAAUAUGUGUGUGUGUGUGAUUUUGUUUUUCCUGUUUUGGAAGGUGGGAGGGAAAUCUAAUUUGGGCCCUGUCCACCCUGGAAACAGACUUGUGCUGGUCAAGAAUGUAUUUUAAGAUGCCUCUUCUGGUUGAAAUAGCUAUUAAUGUGUCCCCUUAUUCAGACUUGCGUGUACCUAGCUCUUCUGUCCCCAGUGUGGACAUGGCCUUGGAUGACAUCGAUUCCAACUGUACACUGAAAGCUGCUUAUAGAGAUACAGUUUGGAGACAGUGAAACAGGUGAAGUUGAAUGGAAGUUCCGAGUUGUACAAGGUGCAAAUUGGAAUUCCUAUUUUAGGGCAACUUUUCAAAGGUUGACAAUAAGUAUUUGGGGCAUGCACAAAUGUGAUAUUUUGCUGGAGGUGACAGGUAUCUCUUAAAUAGUCAACAAUGCCUUUUAGUUUUCAGUAGGAGAUAUAGAAACAGUCUAUUCAGAGUAACAGAUUUUAAUAUCUCACUAUUAAAGAAGUUGGAAAUUAACAUGCAUACCAGAUUCCUGUGUUUUAGUUAAUUGGAGAAUGAGAAUGGUUAAUGUUUCUUUGAGGACCAGCAGUGAUUACCCUAUCACUGAGUAUGAAUAACUUGUUGAACAUCUUUAUUUUUGUUGUAUUAAAAUUUUAGGUUAAGUUUAUAUAUGUAUGAUUAGAUAAUGAAGGUUGUGAAAUGUGAAUGAAAACGUGUAAAGUGAGGCUUCACAAAGAAUCUUAUUCUCUGUAUUUCAAAAGUAUUUGUCCUAUUCAGAAAUAAUGUUUAAAAUUGAGUGGUUCUGGCCACUAAAAUGACACGAUUGGCGCUAUUUCCCCAAAGGUCGGAUUUAUUCUUCCCUUAAAUCUGUUAACCAGUUGUAUAAAUUGAGUUAUGGUGUCCUUCAGUGUAAGAGGCAUUAAGAAAUUCUUUGUGAAACAUCACUGCUUGAUAAAGUAUAUACGUAUUUAGCAUCCUUGUUUUUCUUUGUGCUAAAGUGGAUACAGCUGUUGGGGCAGAAGAGACGGGACCAGCUGCUGGCCACAUUUCCUGCUUUAUUUUAAAAGGUAGUAUAAGAAAUGAGGAAAAAGAGGUAAUAUCAGGGCUUCUGCUGUCUUUUCUUUUUAAAAUGUUCAUAAUUAAAAAGUAUUUUCCAGCAGUCCAAAGAUGUAAGUUAUCUUACACAUAAAAUGUCUUAUUUUGUUGUUAAUUGGUUAUGAAAAUGGAAUCCUUGUUCUUGCACAACUGUAAAUGUUUUGUUGCUAGAUAAUAUGAUUUGAGACCUAAAUUGGUCUUUGGUUUCCAGUGCAUCAUAGCAUAUUUUGUAAAAUCAUCUACUGCACUUGAGCAUGAAUGGGUAGUAGCCAAACUCACAACUUGGAGUGAUGAACCUGCUUAUAUCUAAGGGCAGGAGCAAGCCCCUCACAAUGCAGCUGCAUGGAUUUUUAGUGCCUACUGAAUUUUUCUAUAUAUAUAUACAUAUAUAUAUAUAUAUAUAUAUAUAUAAACCAAAAGUAGUUGGAAAGAUUAUUUGAAAUGACUAAUUUGUGCUAUCCUUAUGAAAUAUGUUAAAUGUAGGUUUUUUGAAACAGAAGCCUUGAAUUGAAAUUUAAUACUUGAACAUUUUGUAUAUAUUUCUUUGUAUAUAAUUUUGUGCAGUACCAAUGACAAAAAUAUGUUGUCAUAAUAAAACCAGGUUUGUUGAUCUUUUAGUUAUGGGCUCAAAGAAUUUAUUCAUCUCUAACAUGACAUUGGAAAAUAAUGGAUGAAAAUAGGAAAAAUAAUUGUUGUUAAUGCUGACUGUGGGUCUUAAAAGGUUCUGGAAAGCAGUAAGUUCAUUUUUCUAAAAACUAUACCAUUCUCUUGGAAUAUUCUUCUUUACAUCAAUACUUUUCCUGCAUUAUUUGAAGUUGUGGGCUGGGGAGAAAAAGUAGUCAAAGCUUUCUGAAUUAAGAUGCUUUGAAAUUCCAAAUAUAGAUUUUUGGAAUGUCAUUUUAUAAAUGGCAGUUUUUGGAAUUACUUAAGAACUUUUGAAAAUGGAAAGAUUAGUAUGGCCUAUUUUUAAAGCUGCUUUGUUAGGUUCCUUAUGUUUUAUUAACUGUCUUUUCUCAGUUUCCAUUUCAUUGGUUUUUUUUUUUUCUAGUUUUGGUGACUUAGUGAUUUUUGUCAUUUUUUUACAUCAAUUUCAUGGUCUUGUUUUUACAUGGUAAUUGCAUGUAUUUAGGAUCUAAUAGGGGCUUUAAAUAAAUUUGGUCGUAUUUAUGUGUAAGCGCAUUUUACUGUAAAUGUUUGGGUUUCUGAAUUUAAACAGAUCUGUUUAUUUCAGUAUGUAGUAAACAAUAUCUUAAAGUGUCUGAUUCACUACUUGUUAAUUAAAAAAGUUAUGAUUAAUGUGAAACUGUCGUCUUACUAUUUUUAGAAAAUUGUGUUCUGGAGGGUUAGCACAUGGAUAAAGGAGAUUUCUGGAAUAUAAAAUGGAUUGUUUUUGAAAUUUCUAGGUUUGGCUCUAUUUACUGUAAUGGUUGAAAACAAUUAAGUAUUUGGGUGACCCUUUUGUCUUCUAAAUGUGCCUCUGGUAAAAUGAUACAGAACUAGACUAAAGAUAAUAGCUUUUGAAUAUUUGUCUUUGAUGGUGGCAGGAAUUCAUACAUUAAUUGAACUAACACAUCAUAUUUUGACCUACUGUUUCUAUCAUAUUGACUUACUGUUUCUGCACUUCCUUGACCAGAAUUAUCUUAAAAAGUCCGCUUUUGUUAAAAUGUAGUCUCACCUCUGAUAUAAUCCAACAAAAAGUGUUCGAAAUAUUUUAAAUAUUUGUGCGUUUUAUAAUCACUAAAUUAAUCUCUUUCUCUUCUCUUUAAACAGCUUAGCAGUGUCUGCAAAAACGAAUCUUUUCCUACAACCUGUUAACUGACUGGACUGAUGGUAACAAAGUAAUUGUGAGAGCCAUGUCGGUCAAAAAUUUGGCAUCUGCUGAAAAAAAUGAAUGCCAUUUUCAAGUUCCCAAAUUACUUCUAUACUGAUUUCACUUUCCAGAAAUGGAGAUAUGAAAAGAUUCUCUGGAAUCCUUGAAAGACUUAAUAGAGAUUCAUGAGACUAAGUUAAUCUUGGAACAAAAUUACACUUUUUUUGUCUUUCAUGGGAGUAAUACUCAGUUCUUUGCAUAUCUUUAAAAAAUUGUAACUGUUGGGGUAUUACAGUAUUUCAUCAAGAAAUUAAUCAGUUUUUACAUAAUCAAGAGCACAUUCUAUGGAAUUACAUUUAGUGGACUAGAAUCACAAAGCAGGCCAUCAGUGAUCACAAGGCGUAUGAGUUUGUAUUUAUUUACUGAACGUGAGAGCUAAUUUGGAGUACAGACACCCUGCUGAGUAGAAUAUGAAAGUUAAUGUAAAGUUCUGAACUAUAAGAGUAGUCCUUUUAAAUAGCUGCGUUGAUUUGUAUAUCUUUGAAAAAGUUGAUUAUUUUUAAAUGUGUGGGUAGUUAAUUGCAAUGUAGGUUAACAACCAGGAUGUAUAGAUUCUGAGGUUUUGGCUUCUUGAGCUUUCUCCAAGUACUCAACACUGUUUUUUGAAUAUUUUGAGGUUUUUAAUUAAUGGUAUGCUAGUUUCUACUGUUUUAUAUAAAACUUUAUCUAGUGUUGUAUAAGGGCUUUAGUAUUCUGGAUGACGGGAGUGGCUUUUUUGUGGCAUAUGGUUGUUUUACCUAAUUGAAAUAUUUUUUCAGUUUAUUAUAAGUGUGAAAAAACACUCAAAACUCUGGAUUGUUUUAUUUCAUUUUUGUUGGAUUAUGUUAAUAUAUUACUUCACCUGGUUUAGAUUGAGUCAUUUUACCUUACUCAUUUGGGAAAUGUGCAGAUGAUAGAAGAGGGAUUUGGGUAAGGAGACAGGCUCUUACUUCCUAAUAAACAGCUGAUUAUUAUAUUAUUCAAAACUUAUUAAAUCCAGUCAGUUUCUUAUAACUUUAAGUGUAUUCAUUACCUGUGAAGCCAGGCAACAAGAAGUAUUCCCACUGUCUUAAUUAAAACUUAAGUGCUGAUGCUCCUUACAGUACAGCUGGUUAUAAUUCCAGAAGCAAAGGCACCAACAUUAUUUGGUGAUCUUAACUAGAACAGACUGGGUAAUUAUGAGUCAUCUUUUUAAUGUGAUUACCUAGUUCAGCAUUUUGAAUGUGUAGUUAAGGUCUCACUGAUUUAGUAACAUUUUAAAGCUAAAUAAUCUGAUGACUCUUGAAAGUUUUAUUGGUAGUAUGAUAUUUGUAAGUGAUUUUUUUCUCCCAGACUCUCGGCCAGUACAAAGUUUUAAGAUUCCUAAAUGUUUAUAUUUUUGCUGUUUUUUAAAUAUACUUACCAUCAAAGCUGGGGAUGAAAAAAACAGGAAUUCUUCCAUUAGAAAUUUGUAGUGUUAUGUUUGGCCAGCACAGUAUUUUUCAGAUUUGAAUUUCAGUACCUUUAUGUGUACCCUCAGUAAUCACUCAACACCAGUCAUUCUUUGUCUUAUAAUACCCUAUAAUUUUUGUUGACCCAAAAUUGUUGAAGAUAUUUUGCUCAGUUUUCACAAUGAACUAAUUGAAAAGUAUAGUUACUGUGUUUUAAAUAUUUGUGUAGUUCUGUUAAUAUACUGAUUUGAAUUUUA